UCCAUGGGAAUUGACUGAAUUCUAGAGAGUUUGAAAUCGAAAUCCUGUAGAAACCUGUAGUCUAUCGGCUCGCAUUAUUUGUGUUCAGAUAUUUGAUAUCUGUAAAACUUAUCUGAAUUUUUUUAAUUAAAACGUUAUCAUCGACAAUGACAACAGAAGCUGCGAGUACGGCCGCCGUGGAAGAAGAUUUGGACGACUGUCAAGGACAAGCUAAAUUAAUCAAAACUUUAGAAGGCAAUGGAAUCACUGCUGGUGACAUAAAGAAGUUAGAAGAAGCUGGAUAUUAUACUGUAGAGUCAGUAGCUUACACUCCUAAAAAAGUUUUAAUAUGUAUUAAAGGUAUAAGUGAAGGUAAAGCAGAUAAAAUAUUACAAGAGGCUUCAAAACUUGUUUCAAUGGGUUUUAAAACAGCAGCCGAAGUUCAUAUGAUCAGAGCAAAUAUAGUGUAUAUAACUACUGGGUCUGCAGAAUUAGAUCGUCUUCUAGGAGGUGGAAUUGAAACAGGCUCAAUCACAGAAAUAUUUGGAGAGUUUAGAACUGGUAAAUCUCAACUUUGUCAUACUUUAGCAGUGAAUUGUCAAUUACCUGUUGACAUGGGUGGUGCAGAGGCUAAAUGCAUUUAUAUUGAUACUGAGGGUACAUUCAGACCUGAAAGAUUAAUUGCAGUAGCUGAAAGAUAUAACAUAAAUGGAGACAGUGUUCUUGACAAUGUUGCCACAGCAAGAGCUUAUAAUUCAGAUCAUCAAACACAACUUUUAAUUAAAGCAAGUGCUAUGAUGUCUGAGUCUAGAUAUGGACUACUGAUAAUAGACAGUGCUACUGCACUAUACAGAACUGAUUUCACUGGACGAGGAGAAUUAGCUGCUCGGCAAAUGCAUCUUGCUAGGUUCCUCAGGUUACUAUUAAGAUUAGCUGAUGAAUUUGGUUGUGCAGUUGUGAUUACUAAUCAAGUAGUAGCCCAAGUUGAUGGAGCUGCAAGCAUGUUUGGAGGAGACCAAAAAAAACCUAUUGGAGGCAAUAUUCUUGCUCAUGCCAGCACAACCAGACUUUACUUGCGCAAAGGGAGAGGUGAGACAAGAAUAUGCAAAAUUUACGAUUCUCCUUGUCUGCCAGAAAGCGAAGCUACAUUUGCAAUUAAUGCAGAUGGAAUUGGUGAUGUAAAGGAAUAAUCGCCUUUAUUUCUCAUAUGCAUAUUCUAAAGAAAUUUUCAUAUUAUUUUUGUUGUCCUUGAGUAUAAAAAUGAAUGAUCCAAAUAGUCUUAUAGAAAAAAAUUAAUUUAAGAGUUUGUAUCGAAGACUUUGUAUUGCAUUUAAUAUUAUUUCCUACUAUACAUUUUAAGAAAAGUUCAUGAAAAUACCAAAAACUGAAUAUUGUAAAUAUUGGAAGAUUCAAAACAGUUUUAAAUGGUUUUAUGUCAUUUGAUCCAAGAAGACAAACAAAUGUCAUUGUGUUGCUUUUACUUAUCUGUUAAAAACAGUAUUGUUUGUAAAUAAAACCACCAAAAUUAAAAACCAUA